CGGCAUCGAACCGUCGUUCGUCUACUGAAGAUUUUGAGAAGCCUUUAAGCUCAAGAGCUAUGAGCGCCUCACAGUUUCCUCCGCCUGCUUCUCCAUCUCCAGCGUCUUCUUCGCGAUCGCUAGCUUCUCCAUCUCCAUCUCCAUCUCCGGCGAGUUUAUCAUCAUCAUCAUCUUCGAUGAGGCUAUGGAGACCAGCUGCUCAGCGGAAUCUAAGGAACCAGUGGUCAAAGCUCUCGACUUUCCGGCAACAGUGGGUCGCCGCUUGUUCCGGCGGAAAAUCUCACGCCACUUCGCUCGUCAAUGCGUAUCUAUCCCAAACGUUUGUGCCAGCAAUGAAGUUUGGUGCGUUGAGUGACAUGGUUGGUAUCAAGGAGAAGACUUUGAAGAAGCUGUCUAAGCAACAGAGUUCGUAUCGGAUCAAGCUUCUAUCUUCGUACAAGGAAAUGGUGGCUGUUGUUGUUGAGAUGGUGAAUGUAAGUAGUUCUCUGAGAUGUUAUAUGAAGCCGAGUAGCGGUUCAAUUAUACAGUUCUCUGGUUCUAAGGAAGAUUCAGAUGAUGCUGGAGACUGCGGUGGCAUCCCUGUGUUUAAUUUUUUGAAUGUCUCUGCAUUUGAGAAUAUGGCUGAGGAGCUUGUGGAGAUGUUCAAACGAGAAGUAAUGCUAAAGAGAUUACUUGUAAUGGAACUGGUCUCUUUAAGCUGUGAAGUUCCUCAACCGGUGAAGCUCAGUUGGUCAGCUGAGCUUUACCAUGGAGAGUUUGAUGAUCUCUCCAAAUGUUCUUUAUACUCCAAUGAGCCAAUUCUCCCCAGACUGAGAGAAGAUAAUCUCGGUAUCUCUUCUGUAUCACAUACCAACCAGCCAACCUCGGAAAUUUUGCAGAUUUACUUGACAACUUGGCUUGCAGAGAUAAACAUUGACAGUCAUAGGGUGGAUGAGAUAUUAGCGAUGGCCGGGGAAGAAAUUAGACUCACCUUCUAAAGUUUGAAAGCUGUUCCUUAAGCGUCUGGUUAAGUUUCUGUGACUUUAAAGCAUGACUGCUUCUACAAAGCUCUAAGUGACUUGAGAGACAAGAGGAAGAGAUUUUUAGAACCUUAGCUUUGUUGAAAUUAUAUUGUUAUGUUUUGUUUACUGGAAACCAUAGGUUGUAACCUUAUUAGAUUUUCUGUUAUGAGCAAUUUUUCUUUACUAAGUA